GAAGAGUGCUGGGCUUCACCGUGGAAAUGAGCAGGCGACAGAACCAGACGCGAAUUUCUACGUAGACAAAGUGUAUUUUCAGAGCAGUUAUGGAUGUCGCACUGUAUCUGAUAGCUGCUGCUAUCCUCAUUGUUCUGAUAUUGUUUGCGUUGAAGUUACGGGGGCGAACACAGGAAGCUGAUGCAGAGCAGCAGCGGGAUGUUGUCCGGGCAGCGGGUCCCCCUCAGCGGGCAGCAGAGGAGCGAGGGGCCGGCAUGCCUCGCAGGAGGAGGAACCUCGCCACGGUGGUGGCUAACAGACGACCACAGAGAGAGCCUGUGGAAUAUGAAGAGGAGCGUGUAGAGGGGGGGGAGGAGGAGGAGGAGGAUGUGGAGCAGCAGCAGAACUUCCAGCCAACAGCAAAAGUUGGAGCCAAGAAGCAGAAGAAGCUGGAGGAGAAACAGGCCAAGAAAGCUCAGAGAGAGGCAGAGAUGGAGGAGAGAGAGGAGAGGAAGAGGAUGCAGGAGCUCAGAGAGCAGGAGAGACGGCAGGAGGACGAGAGAGAACGACUGCUGGAACAGAAACAGGAGGAGGAUGAGAGGCGGGCUAAAGAAGAGCAGGAGAGACGAGAGGAGGAGGAGUACUUGAGGCUCAAAGCGUCCUUCACCAUAGAAGACCAGGGAGAGGAAGAGCAGCUCACUGAAGACCAGUCCCGCAACCUUCUGCAAGAAUUCAUCCAGUACAUCGAGAGCUCUAAAGUGGUUCUACUGGAGGACUUGGCUUCUCAUUUUGGAAUGAGGACGCAGGAUGCGAUCGCCAGACUGCAGGAUCUCUUAGCGGAGGGCUCCCUCACAGGAGUGAUUGAUGACAGAGGCAAGUUUAUCUCCAUCACUCCAGAAGAACUGAACUCUGUGGCUCAGUUCAUCAGACAGAGAGGAAGAAUCUCCAUCACAGAGCUGGCCCAGGCCAGCAGCUCUCUGAUCAACCUGACGCCUGACAGCCGCAGCACCGCCUGAUGGACAGCUGGACCACGGUCUGCAUGGACACUGCUGAAGUAACUCAAACCAUUUACGCUAAUGUGGGUGAAGAAGCCUGUUGGUGAAAUGUACAAACUGCUAUUGGCUGGUCUGUGGUGCCAGGUGAUGUCAUCAUCAUUCUGUGCUUUAUAGUGACGUCAUGUCUCAGUACUCUUCAUUCCCCUGCAGGUGUCAGGCUUCAUCCAUAUUUGGGGUUAGGUUUGGUUACCGACAUUAAAUUAACAAACCUGUCAGCACAAAAGACUGUGACUCAGCGUUUUGAAGAAAAAAUGUAAAAAAUUUCAAAAAAUACAGUUUGAGAUCAUU